AUGGGAUCCAAAAAACUAGGCGUAGGGUCUGAUUCCCAUCGGUUGAGCAGAUCCAGUUUUACAAGUAGUAAAUCGUCACAGUCAGCAAGAAACAGUCAGCCGGUUGAUACAGAUGAUAUAGAUGAGGAUGAUGAAUCAGGUCAAAGUAUCAUUUUGAAUAUUAUCUCACAAUUGAGACCGGGUUGUGACUUGACCAGGAUUACCUUGCCCACGUUUAUUCUUGAAAAGAAAUCAAUGCUUGAACGUGUCACAAAUCAGCUACAGUUUCCUGAGUUUUUAUUGGAGGCGCAUUCUGAAAAGAAUUCCUUGGAAAGAUUUCUAUAUGUCAUGAAAUGGUAUUUGGCAGGUUGGCAUAUUGCGCCAAAGGCCGUCAAGAAACCGUUGAACCCAGUCCUUGGUGAGUAUUUUACAGCUUACUGGGAUUUGCCCAACAAGCAGCAAGCGUAUUACAUAGCUGAACAGACAAGCCACCACCCUCCAGAAUGUGCUUAUUUUUACAUGAUUCCUGAAUCAUCGAUCAGAGUAGAUGGGGUGGUAAUUCCUAAGUCAAAAUUUUUGGGAAAUUCGAGUGCUGCCAUGAUGGAUGGAUCAACGGUUUUGCAAUUUCUGGACAUUAAGGAUAGAAACGGAAAACCAGAAAAGUAUGUUCUUACGCAACCAAAUGUAUAUGUUAGAGGAAUUUUGUUUGGGAAAAUGAGAAUUGAACUCGGAGACCACAUGAUAAUCAAAUCUCCUGAUUAUCAGGUUGAUAUAGAGUUCAAGACAAAGGGGUACAUCUCUGGGACUUACGAUGCAAUUGAGGGAACUGUUAAGGACUACGAUGGUAAUUCGUAUUAUGAGAUAUCCGGCAAAUGGAAUGACGUUAUGUACAUAAAGGAUGCAAAGCAAUCACGCUCUUCAAAAAAAGUCUUCCUCGACACACAUAAGGAAUCUCCUUUGAGACCGAAGGUCCGUCCAUUGAAUGAGCAAGGCGAGUACGAAUCCAGGAAAUUGUGGAAAAAAGUUACAGAUGCAUUGGCUGUUCGUGACCACACUGUCGCAACUGAAGAAAAAUUCCAAAUUGAAGACCAACAAAGAAAGAUAGCUAAAAAGCGCAUCGAAGAUGGUGUGGAAUUCCAUCCAAAGCUAUUUAGAAGAUCAAAACCUGGCGAGGACCUUGAUUAUUGUAUAUAUAAAAAUAUUCCUAUCAGCGAAAAUUCAGAGAAACAGAUACGAAGCAUAUUGCAGAUAGCACCUAUUUUACCAGGUCAACACUUCACUGACAAAUUUUCUAUACCUGCUUUUGAAAAAAUAAGGUUACAAAAAAAGAGAAGUGAGAGCAAAAACGAGCACGCAGUAGAACAGUAG